AUGAAUACGCCUUGCUACACCGUGGCUAUGGAUCUAGGCGUCUGCCAGCUCCGAAAUGUCUCCAUCUCGUUCUUGUCGUCGUUGUUGAGCGCAGACACCUCGCACGUUAAGCUCGAUAGCAGCUCGUCGGGAGCCAGUGUUGUGGCUAUCGACAACAAGAUUGAACAGGCAAUGGACCUGGUGAAGAGUCACCUAAUGUACGCCGUGCGCGAAGAGGUGGAAGUCCUGAAGGAGCAGAUCAAAGAGCUGAUCGACCGCAACUCCCAGCUGGAGCAGGAGAACACACUUCUGAAGACACUGGCCAGCCCGGAACAGAUGGCUCAGUUCCAGGCGCAGGUCCAGACCACCUCUCCGCCCGCCGCCUCCUCAACGGCCGCCGUCUCGGGUCCCACGUGCGCCCUCGCUCAAGCCGCCUCGCACACCUCCGGCCCCUCAGCGUAA